UCGAUAGUCGGCGGUACUCCUUUCCAGGCUCGCUAGCAACGUUGGCUAAUUUCACAACCAGUGCGUUUUCACACCAACUAGAUGUCUGAAAACCAGGACUAACGAGUCUCACCGUGAUGCAAGUACGCUAGGAAAGAAGGAAUGAAAGGUCGACAUAGAAGAAGCUGGAGACUUAUUUAAACUAGCCUGACAGUCACACCGCUCACAAAAUGCUGACCAUGAAAGGACUCUUCACCGGUUGCCUUAUAGUGCCGUGCCUGCUGCUGCUGGGCUCGGAAGCGGUCCCCAUAAGCAUGGAUAAGACUAAAGUCAAGAUGCCGGAGGAGACCGUGGAGGCUCCCCAGAGCGUGGACACGGGACUGCACUAUGACCGUUAUCUCAGGGAGGUCAUUGACUAUCUGGAGAAAGACCAGCACUUCAGAGAGAAGCUCCACAACACUGACAUGGAGGACAUCAAGCAAGGGAAACUAGCUAAGGAGCUAGACUUUGUGAGCCAUCAUGUGCGGACCAAACUGGACGAGCUGAAGAGACAGGAAGUCAGUCGUCUGCGCACGCUCAUCAAAGCCAAGCAGGACAUGGAGGAGGGCAAAGGUAUUGCAGUAGACCACCAAGCCCUGCUGAAGCAGUUUGAGUAUCUGAACCACAUGAACCCACACACCUUUGAGGUCGAUGAUCUGGACCGCCUCAUCAAGUCGGCGACGAGUGACCUGGAGAACUUUGACAAGGAGCGUCACGAGGAGUUCAAGCGCUACGAGAUGAUGAAGGAGCACGAGCGGCGCGAGCACCUGAAGACGCUGGACGAGGACGAGCGCCGCCGCGAGGAGGAGCACUACGAGGAGAUGAGGAAGAAGCACGCCGACCACCCCAAAGUCAACCACCCGGGCAGCCAGGAUCAAUUUAAAGAGGUCUGGGAGGACAAAGAUGGCCUGGACCCAGAUGACUUUGACCCCAAAACCUUUUUCAACCUCCACGAUUCUAAUGGAGACGGCUUCUUUGAUGAGCAGGAGCUGGAGGCUCUCUUCACCAAGGAGCUGGAGAAGAUCUACGAUCCGACCAAUGAGGAGGACGAUAUGGUGGAGAUGGAGGAGGAGAGACUGCGCAUGAGAGAACACGUUAUGAACGAGGUUGAUGCCAAUAAGGACCGUUUGGUGUCACUGGACGAGUUCCUGGUGGCCACCAAGAAAAAAGAGUUCUUAGAACCGGACAGUUGGGAGACUCUGGAGCAGAACCAGGCGUACACGGACGACGAGAUGCGUGAGUUUGAGGCGCAGCUGUCUCAGCAGGAGGAGGAGCUCAGCCUGAAGGCCCAGGACCUGCAGCAGCAGCGCGACGAGCUGGAGCGGCAACAGGAGCAGCUCAACGCCCAGAAACAAGAGCUGCAGCAGGCGGUGGAACACAUGGAGAAGUUGAAACAGACCCAGAGGGUAGAGCCUCCUGAAGUCCAUGUGGAGGGUAACGACAUCCCAUUUGCCCAGGACCAGGGCCACCCUCUGCCCCCUGGCCACGCACAACUGCCCCCUGACCAUGCCAUCCAUCAUCAGGAAAUGCCCCAGCGUGGGCAGCCCCAGGAGUUCAAUCCGGCCCCCCCAGGCCACCACCAGCAACUGCCCCAGGCGGAGGAGCACUUGGUUGAGGGGCAUUUAGGGCAGGUGGAGCACCAUUUGCCCCAGGGAGAACAACACCAACUUCAGGAGCACAACGCCAUCCCCUAGGGGCCUCUCACUCACACACUACAUGGACUGGACACCUACAUGUGUUUGAGUUACUGUACGCGAGGGUGAGAGAAAGGGAAAGUGUGUGCGUGUGUGUGUGUAUGUAUAUGUAUGUGUGGUACAUAACCCUGCCAACCUGCAGUCCACAGACUAUGUGUGCUUGCAGUCCUCUAGUGAGUGUGUGUUUGUGUGUGUGUGUGUGGUCCACAGACUGUGUACAUGCAGUCCUGAGUGGACCCAUCUCUAUGUAAAUGUGGGGAGGUCCUGAACAGGACUGGAUCAAUCAAGGGGACUUGGGACUCCAGACCAUGUUAGCAAUCACAGACAACACCAUACCUUUUCAUAUAUUCUUUUUAUUGGAAAAACUAUAGGCAUCACAAUGAACUGAUUGUGUGUGUGUAUGCGUGUUUGUGAGAGAGUGAGUGUGUGUGUGUGUGUGUUGCGCAUCGUUUUACAGAAAUGUGGGAAAUUAAGUGCUGAAGCCACUGUUGCUGGAUUAAAGAUAUAAAGAUUUCGUCAUUGUUGCAUUCUGAUGGAAAAUAAUGGCGAAUAUGAAGAGAUUUCAUCAUGGACGCAUAGUGGACCAGGAGCUGGGCUAGCAUGCAGUAGCCAGAAAACGUUUUGGGUACGAUUCCUGGCUGUCACUGUUGUGCCCUCUAACUGAAUUGCUUUGGGGAGACUGGCCCUUGUAAUAAUAUUGCUGCUGUCAGGUGGAAACCUCGUAUCUCCAAAUCCAUUAGUGUUCAAAAUAUGAAAAUAUUUAAACAUUGCAUUGUCCGAAGAAUAAGCAACGACAAAUAUGGAGUUAUGAGGUUUCCACCCGACAGCAGCGAUAUGUAAGUUGCUUUGAUGCAUAUGAUUGGCAUGCCAAGGUGCCUGGCAUUGCAGUCAAGCUGCAGAUCAGUACCCUGUAUAGCCCAUCACCUGUUCAGUGCUAAGUGCUGUGGUUUCUGGUUCUGGUGAAUGAGGUGACAAUGUCACCUGGUGUCCACAAGGUUCAUCUAAUCUGUACUGAAGAAUUUGAAAAGCAGUGUAUGAUGGUGGUGUCCGUGAUUCAGAUGAGAUGCAUUCAGUACAGGACAUAUAGAACUACUGAUAUGUACACAAAUGUACAAACAAUUUGACCUAUUGACCCCAGUCAGUGCUAAAUGUCCAGAACAUGUACUAAUGAAUACCCACCAGCAGAUGGCAGUAAAAGAUUUUCAGCAGACUGGGUGUUGACCCAGAAUUUCUUAUAACGAACGUAUUGAACACAAUUAAUGACAAGUCUGAGGGUAGUUUAAAUUGAUUAUGCAUUGAUUCAGGGACAGCAUAGUCGUGCAUUGUGUCAAGGAAACUGGCCAGUUUGGCGUAAUUGAAUAAAGUUCUAGUUCAAUGA